ACAACGAGUAUUGCUCGUUUUGGAUAGAUUUUGACAAGGUCGAACAAUACAAAGACAUCAAUCAUAAGGCAAAAAAAAAUGUUAACAAUCAAUAGAAUAUUCAUCAACGAUAUUCGUUUUCCAACUUCGAAAGAAGGUCAUGGUUCGGAUGCUAUGCACACUGAUCCAGAUUAUUCAUGUGUUUACGUACGAAUCGGUAUCAAUCAUACGGAUGAAAAUUUGAUGGGUCAUGGUUUGACAUUUACAAUUGGACGUGGCACUGAAGUAGUGCUGGCCGCAGCAUUAGCUUUAAAACCAUUGGUUUUAAACACUGAUUUGAAUACUGUGUUCAAUUGUCCGGGUGGUUGGAAAAAAUUUCAUCGUCGGCUUACAUGUGAUAGUCAAUUACGAUGGAUAGGACCGGAAAAAGGAGCAAUACAUUUAGCCACUGCUGCUAUUGUCAAUGCAAUUUGGGAUCUAUGGGCUAAAUUGCAAUCAAAACCUUUAUGGCAAUUAUUGGUCGAUAUGGAGCCCAAACAAUUGGUUGAUUGUAUUGAUUUUCAAUACAUUUCUGAUGCAUUGACCGAGCAAGAAGCAAUUGAAAUUUUGAAACGUAAUAGAUCUUCAUUGCAAGAACGAGUAAAAAUUAUUCGAAAAGAAGGAUACCCGGCUUAUACUACUGGUGUAGGUUGGACAGGAUACGAUGAUCAAACACGUCGUCAAUUAUGUCGUAAAGCAUUGGCUGAAGGUUAUACUCGAUUUAAAGUUAAAGUUGGCUCGGAUAAUAUCGAAGAUGAUCGACACCGGUUACGUAUUGUACGUGAAGAAAUAGGCGAUGAUAAACUUUUGAUGGUUGAUGCAAAUCAAAAAUGGGAUGUACCAGAAGCUAUCGAAAGAAUGAAACAAUUAGUUUCAUUCAAUGUACUUUGGAUCGAGGAACCAACCAGUCCGGAUGAUAUCCUAGGUCAUAAACAAAUAGCUAGCGAAUUACAACCGUAUGGUAUUAAGGUAGCUACAGGUGAACAAUGUCAUAAUCGUGUUAUGUUUAAACAAUUCAUAACAUCUGGUGCUAUGCAAUACUGUCAAAUUGAUUCCUGUCGAAUGGCCGGUGUUAAUGAAGUGUUGGCCGUUAUUUUGAUGGCUGCCAAAUAUGGUGUACCUGUUUGUCCUCAUGCUGGUGGUGUUGGUCUCUGUGAAUACGUACAACAUUUUUCCAUAUGGGAUUAUGUUGCAGUUACUGGAACCCGUGAUAAUCGAAUGAUCGAAUACGUUCCUCAUCUUGUUGAACAUUUUCAACAUCCAGCUCGAUGUUUGAAUGGACAUUAUAUGGUUCCCGAACAUGCAGGUUAUGGUUGCCAUAUUAAACAAGAAUCCAUAGAAAUGUAUGAAUAUCCAAAUGGUACAUAUUGGAAACAAGAACAACAACAACAAUAACAUUGACAAACUUGAUUAAUAUAUCAAUUUAAUACCAUAGCAAAGAUAUUGAAGAAAAAAAACAUUCGAUUCAAAAUAAAAUAAUCAAGUUAUUAUUUUCACUAU